UUGUCAAGAAUAAUAGAAAUUAAUGUAUUAUUUAUUCUUUUUAUGAUACUGUAUUGAGCAGCCGAGUUAUAUUUUUGACCAAUCAGAAUUAACUAAUGCUGUUAAGUCGCGCUCAUCGACAUCAUGGCUGUCAGUAUAAAUUUGUUCGCUGAAUGAUGAACUUCCCCUCUGUUAAAUCUGCAUAUGAAAAAAAGUAUUUGUCAAUUUUUUCUUUGAAAAAAGUGUUAAUUAGAUUUAGAAAAUAUAUCGCGAUGUCAAACGUGAAAUGACAUUUCGUUUUAAUCGCACCUGCAAAAGUUCUUUGUUUCAUAUUCAGUAAACAAUGAGUUCUAGUAGAUUAGAUCGACUUUUCGUUCUAUUAGAAACCGGUAGUUCGUCAGCUACACGAUCUGCGGCUGCUAAACAAUUAGGGGAAGUACAAAGAUUGUAUCCGCACGAAUUGAAAACAUUAUUAUCGCGAACAUCGACUUAUUUGAGAUCUCCUUCGUGGGAGACUAGGAUAGCGGCUUCUGAAGCUGUUAGAGCUAUUGUAGCCAACGUAACCGAAUGGAAUCCGCAUGGAAUCGAUUUGAAACCAGAAGAUGACCAACCGCAAUCGUUAUCUGGAAUUGGAAGACUACGUUUCAGCCAAUUCAAUAUACAUACAGUACUGGCAAAUAGUACGCAUCUUAUGGCUUCCGAAGGGAAAGAAUUCGAUUCGGAAGAAGAUGCUACGAUCGAUUCCAAAGAAAAAAUGGCGAGGCAACGUCAACAGUUGAACGCGAGGUUGGGUUUGAAUAUUGCUGCCGAGAUGGGGAUCGAUACGUCGAAUAUUUUCACCAAUGAAGAUCUGAUUGAUAAUUCCGAUGGAAAGAGCGAUUUUCAAAAUCAAAAUAAAAAAAACGUUCGGGACAUAAUAUGUCCUAGUCCUUCAAACAAAGAACUCAGUCUGAGGGAAAUAAACAGGGCGAAACGUAAAGCUAGACAGGCGGUACACAAACAAAAAUCCAGAGACAAUAUAGACGAAAGUAGUUCGGACGAACCGGAUAAGAAGAGAACCAAGACUGAGCUUAAAGAAGAAUGUACUGUACAAUUCGAUUUGGAAAGUGGAGAUUGCGGUGAUUGGCCUUUGGAAUGGUUCUGCGAUCAGUUGAGUCAGGAUUUAUUCAGUUGCGCAUGGGAGACUCGACACGGCGCUGCAACGGCUCUCCGCGAGGUUCUGUCGGUGCACGGAUCCGGCGCCGGUAGAGCCACUUACUUAUCCCGACGACAGAUGGAAAUUAAUCACGAGAUGUGGUUGGAGGAUGUGGCUAUAAGGUUGUUGUGCGUUUUGGCGUUGGAUCGAUUCGGGGAUUUCGUGUCGGAUGCGGUGGUGGCGCCCGUAAGGGAAACGUGCGCGCAGGCGUUAUGCGCCGUUGUGAAAUUGAUGAAACCCGAAACGUGUCACGAAGUUUUGAGAGUUUUGUUGAAACUGAUGGAUCACAACGAAUGGGAAGCCAGACACGGCGGACUAUUGGGGUUAAAAUAUCUCCUCGCCGUUCGUAAUGAUAUGAUUGAAAUUUUCCUUCCGGAAAGUUUUCCCUUUAUACUUCAGGGUCUUUCGGAUCCUGUGGACGACGUUAGUGCCGUUGCUGCUUCUUCUUUAAUUCCCGUUGCCGUCAAAAUGACGGAAUUGGUGCCGAAUCGUAUAUCGGAGGUGGUUACUAAAUUGUGGGAUCUGCUUUCGGAACAAGACGAAUUGGCGGCGGCGUGUAAUAGUUUUAUGGGUCUGUUGGCGGCCGUUUUAAGUUUGCCGAAGGCUCAGGCUCUUUUGCAACCGCAACCAUUGAACGAUGUAGUACCCAGAUUGUGGCCCUUCUUGAGUCACGGCACCAGUUCCGUUAGGAAGGCCAUUUUACAAACUUUGGGCACUUUGAGCGAAAAACCGAAUGAUCGAACUGAAAUAUCUUGGGACGCCCAACUCCUUCAGGACGCUCUACGUCACGUUUAUCAGCGCGUGUUGAUCGAACCGAUUCCGGAAGUACGUCAAGUAGCCGAAAAAGUUUGGUAUAAUUUGGUGGGAAAUUCCGGUUUAGUGGAAUUGUUACAUGCCGCUUGUCCGUUCAUAACCGUUUGGUUGUAUUUGUGUAUGCAACCGAUUCGUAUACCGUUCGACGUUAAUUAUUUGAUUCAAGCUAAAUCGCACAGGAAGAAGAAUGAUGGGUUGAAUAAUUUCGAUCAUACUCUCGUACCUCCGAAGAUGUUUAUCGGUGGUAUCGAAACAACUUCUGCUCUUGUUAGAGAACAAAACGCCAUACCAGUUCGAUGCGCAGCUUCCAGAAUGUUGGGUUUUCUAUCUCGUUACAUCACCAAACCAGCACCCGGUAUAGAUUACGUCACCAGCGGCUUGGAAAAUCCCAUUGAUUCUUACGUAAAAGUUUUAUUGGUUCAUUUGAAUUCGAAAUCAGCUCUACAACGUAUGGUCACCGGUCUGGUCAUAGCCGAAUGGGCGAAAGCGGAUCCGGAUAUAAAAUCGUGUCCUGACGUAUUGAGGUUACGUUUACACAAUUGCCUCAACGAGUUUCUCUAUUUCGACGAGAUCGCUCACAGUUUUACGCGACUGGCUCAAGAAACCAAAGAUUUUUUGGCAACGUUGCGACAUUACAAAGUGCCCAUUGAGGAUAAUAACGAAAACGUAUUAACGUUAGAACAAAUCGAGCGACUGACUAAUACCGAAACGCAACAGACGCUCAUCAAUUUCAAAUUGAAGACGAAAGUUUUGGAAAGUUUGGAGGAGAGAAGGCGGAACAUUCACAGUUCGUCGGCGCAGACUAAGAAGGAUCAAACCAGACUCAGUUGUAGUACCAUGGCUACUUUGGCUGGUGCUUCGGUAAUGCUGAACACCUUACCGGACAAACUUUCCCCAGUCAUAAAACCCUUGAUGGUAUCUUUGCACCACGAAAGUGACGAAGAUCUACAAAAAAUCUCCGCCGGUCAUUUGGCCAUUUUGAUAGAUUUAGUAAGAACCAGAGAGAAUAAUCCCAACGAGAGGAUCAUCCAGAGACUGUGCAAUUGCUUAAAUAGUGAUCCUGAAUUCACUCCCGUAAUUUACAAAUACGACGAAGGCAACAACAGGACGACGCAAAAGGAGUACCACAAACCGGGAAAUUACAAUGGCAUCGUCACUUUGAAUAACCAACAGAGGAUUGCGGAAAAGGCUGCUCUGAAGCGGUGCAAUAGCACCGGAAGAGGCCCCGGUAGACCUCCAGCGACCGAUAUAUCUAUGGAGGAAUUGUUUAAAGAAGAAGACGAAACGCAGAAAAACAAUUUUUUGCAAAGGAGGGGCGGUACCGUUGCAUUCGUAGCGAUCGUCGAGCAUUUUGGGGAAAAUCUACCGACGGCGGUGCCUACUUUGUGGGAGUUUAUGGUGGGGCAGUUGGUGGAGACCAUCGAUCCAUUUAAUUUUGACGCCAACGAUUAUUUGGGGAAAGACGAUGACGCCGAAAAGCUGUUGAGAGCUUUACAGGUCCUGGAAGUGACAAUAAUGAGUUUACACAAAUCCCUAUUACCGGACGUCAUGCAAAAAUCUCUCAUACGAUUGUGCGUAUUACUUUCCCACCCUUACAGAGCCGUACGCCAUCUAGCGUCGCGUUGUUUAGCCACAUUCGCCAAAUUAGAUUCUGUCAGGGUACUUGAGAUGGUAGUCAGUAUAGUACUACCGAAAUUGGGAGCGACGGAUUGCGAUAUCGAUAGACAAGGCGCCGUCGAAGCGAUCGCUUGUAUCGUAGAAGAAUUAAAAUUCGAUAUCAUACCCUACGUGGUACUUCUGGUGGUACCGUUACUUGGUAGAAUGUCCGAUCAAAAUAUGUGCGUUCGAUUGAUGGGUACUCACAGUUUCGCCACUUUGGUACAACUUAUGCCUCUAGAUGGCGGUGUACCGGAACCGCCAGCGCUCAAAGGUAGUAUUUUGAACGUUAGGAGAGAUAAGGAACGAGAAUUUUUGCAUCAGUUGUUGUCGCCGUCUUCGAUACCGGAUUACAACGUACCGAUACACAUCGACGCCCAAUUGAGGAGUUAUCAACAAGCUGGAGUCAAUUGGCUGGCAUUUCUUAACAAGUACAAGUUGCACGGCAUCCUCUGCGACGAUAUGGGGCUAGGGAAGACCCUCCAGAGUAUCUGCAUCCUGGCGGGGGAUCAAUACGACAGGGAGCAGAAGUACAAGGAAACCAAAUCGCCCGACUGUGCCCCCUUACCCUCUAUGGUAAUAUGCCCACCCACCCUCACAGGUCACUGGGUAUACGAAGUCGACAAAUUUCUGAAACACAAAUAUCUCCGGCCUUUGCAGUAUAACGGAUCUCCGAACGAAAGGGAAAAAUUGAGACAGAAAUUCAAGAGGUACAAUCUUAUUGUCGCCUCGUACGAUAUUGUGAGGAAGGACAUCUCGUUUUUUUCCACUAUCAAAUGGAAUUAUAUUAUCCUCGACGAAGGACACAUCAUCAAAAACGGUAAAACUAGGACGAGCAUAGCCAUCAAGGCUCUCGUCGCGAAUCAUAGGUUGAUUUUGAGUGGCACUCCCAUUCAGAAUAACGUGUUGGAACUUUGGAGCCUGUUCGAUUUCCUGAUGCCGGGUUUCUUAGGUACGGAAAAACAAUUCACGGCACGAUAUUCCCGUCCGAUAUUGGCUAGCAGAGAUCCGAAAUGUUCGCCGAAAGAACAAGAAGCCGGCGUAUUGGCGAUGGAGGCUCUACACAGACAAGUCCUGCCGUUCCUGUUGAGAAGAAUGAAGGAGGACGUGUUGGACGAUCUACCACCGAAAAUCACUCAGGAUUAUUAUUGCGAACUGAGUCCUUUGCAAGAACAGUUGUACGAGGACUUUUCGAAAAGUCAAGCUCAUCAAACUUUACAGGAAUCCAUAUCUUCCGGCGGUACUUCCGGUUCCGCUCACAGCACUCACAUAUUCCAAGCGCUACGUUAUCUACAGAACGUCUGCAAUCAUCCGAAAUUGGUGUUGAAUCCCUCACAUCCCCACUAUCAACAGUUCAUUGCGAAAUUGCAACAACAAAAUUCCAAAUUGGACGAAAUUCACCAUUCGGCUAAAUUGCCAGCUCUCAAGCAACUUUUACAAGACUGCGGAAUAGGCGUCGACGACAACACCGACAAAGAAUCGACGGACAUUGUAAUAAAUCAACAUCGAGCGUUAGUUUUUUGUCAAUUGAAAGCCAUGUUAGAUAUAAUAGAAGAAGACCUAUUGAAAAAGAUAAUGCCGACGGUAUCCUAUUUGAGAUUAGACGGAUCCGUACCGCCGAUACAAAGACAUUCAGUCGUUACAAGGUUUAACAACGAUCCCUCGAUCGACGUCCUCCUAUUGACCACCCAAGUGGGCGGUUUGGGAUUGAACUUGACCGGCGCCGAUACCGUCAUAUUCGUCGAACACGAUUGGAACCCCAUGAAGGACCUCCAAGCCAUGGACAGGGCGCACAGGAUCGGACAGAGGAAAGUCGUUAACGUUUAUCGAUUAAUCACUCGAGCCACUUUGGAGGAAAAGAUCAUGGGAUUGCAGAAAUUCAAACUCCAAACCGCCAAUACGGUUAUAAGCAGCGAAAACAGUCAAAUGGAAACUAUGGGCACCGAUCAAUUGUUGGAUCUGUUUUCGCACAAACCGGCGUCGAACGCCGCCGCCGUCGAUACGGCCGCCUCUAACGCCAAAUCAAAUUCUAACGGUAUCAAAGCCGUUUUGGAUUCGUUGCCGGAAUUGUGGGAUUGUAAACAGUACGACGACGAAUACGAUCUGUCGCAAUUUAUGUCCAAAUUGACAUCGGAAUGGUGAGUUUUAACUUUUUUUUUGGGAAUUUUUGGAAUAUUUUACGGGACGGUGCGGUAGGACAUACUGUGUACUCAAAAUUGUCCUGGAACAUGUCUAAUGUCGAUAAAAUUCGUUAUUCAUUCUUGGUUUCGUAUUACUGUGGACAUUCUGUAUAUUCUAAUUAUUCAGAAUUGACCUAAAACGACUUCGAUUUCAAUUGAAUUCGUUAUUUAUUUCAUGGGACGUCCUGUAUAUUUUUGAAUCGAUUUCAAACGCGUUCGAGUUUCGAUAAAUCUUUUGAUUUGAUACAAUGGGACAUUCUGUAUACUCAAAAUUGACCUGGAACAUAUCUAAAGUCGAUAAAAUUUGUUGUUUAUUCUGGGACAUUCUGUAUGUUUUGAAUUUCCAAAAUCUACCAGAAAUGUCUUCAAAUUAUGAAAAAUAUUUCUGGAUUUUUUCAGGAGACUAUGUAUAUUUGAAAUAUUGAAAAUAGUAUCGAAAUAUUUUUUAAAUAUCGUUGGAAUUGUUUGUGAAACAAUCUAUAUAUUUUAAAUAAUGAAAAUCGACUAGAAAUAUCGAAAAAUGAAAAAAAUCUUGAAAUUUUUAAUGGGACUAUCUGUGCAUGUUAAAUAUCGUAAAUAGAUUUGAAAUACAUUUUUUUUAUAUUCUGGGAUUUUUUCACGCGACGCUCUGUAUAUUUCAAUUAACGGAAAACCAUUGGAAAAUAUGAAAAAUAUCUUUGGAAUUUCUUGGAGGACUUUCUAUAUAUGUUGAAUAUUUAAAAUCGAAACUUGAAAACAUCUCGAAAAUUUUCACGGGACAAUCAGUAUAUUAUUUAUAAUCGAAAUCGACCCGAAAUAUCUUCAAGAUAAACAUAAUUUCAUGGGACAUGAGAUACUAUUACGAUCUCAUAAGAAUCUUUUUGUCUACUUUACGGAACGUUCUGUAUAUUUUAAAUAAUCGAAAUAUUUUCAAGAUUAACAUAAUUUCAUGGGACAUUCUGUAGAUUCUAUUACGACCUCAUAAGAAUCUUUUUGUCUACUAUACGGGACAUUCUGUAUAUUUUGAAUAUUUAAAAUCGAUUGAAGGCAAACUUAGAUCAAAUAGAAUUUUAUGAAAAGUGGAGUAGGUCUUUCCGGGGCUCCCGUUCUAGUGACCUAUAAAAUUUUCGAAAGUAGGUCACCGUGUCAGUAGAACUCAAAAUGGAAUUCGUAGCGGGAAAACGAGUCUCGUGACCUUGACACGACUUUUGGUAUGUGACGCAAAAUUCGAUUCGAUCUCAUAUCGAAUUGGAACAAAGCAAAAAAAUUUUUAUCAGUGUAAUUUUUGUUUGUUUUUAAUUUUCAGAAUAAUUAGAAGCAAUAAUUAGGUAACAAAUGGGUCUGUGGAAAUAGUACCAAAGAAUUUAUUUAUUUUUGUCUUUUGCAUUGUUUAAAAUCAUCAUUCAUUCGAACUAUUUAAUAAUAUUAACAUCAAUUUUCAUCAUUUUCUUUAUUUUAAUUUAAUAUUAUAAUCAUUUAUCCUUUUCUUUUUGAAAAAAAAAUAUACAAAAAUGCAAUCCUUUUGUAACUUACAUUGUAUCUGAAAAGAAAGCAAUAAAUGUUAAGUAAAAUUUA